UACAUACGCGCUGCAACUUUAUCGAGAAGAUGAAUGCAUACAUUCAUUGCCAUCAUCAUAGAAUCAGUCCUUAAAGUCAGCAUGGGUGCAUCAAUCGAGGCAAAGCAUGACUAUGGGCUCAAGAAUGUUGGAGUUAUGGACGAGAAAUCGCUCAGAGCGUUCCCGCUAAAAUCGGUAAAUGAAUCAAACGAAAAAGUGGAUAUUGCUAAACCAAGAUUUGACCUAAGUACAUAUUCAGGACGAUUAUCGCAUUUUUACAGUACAACAUCACCUCUGACAUUAUUCUACAGUACAACAUCAUUGCAAGAAGCACAAAAGCAUGUUAAAGAAGUUGAAGCGAACUUUUCACACGAUAAACAAAAGAGCUUUUUGGUCACCCGUAAAGAAGCGGAACGAUAUUGGAAAUCCAAACAAUUGGUCGAAUCAAGCGUUCAUCCUGAUACAGGUGAAGUGAUCCCUCUACCGUUCAGAAUGAGUGCAUUUGUACCAACGAAUUUGCUUGUAGUGGGUGGAAUGUUAAGCCCUUCAAACGGACUACCGGCAACAAUAUUUUGGCAAUGGGUAAAUCAAAGUUUAAACGUUGCGGUUAACUAUAGUAACGCAAAUAAAUCCGUUCCGAUGGAUAUGAAAGAAGUUGGAACGGCUUACGCAGGUGCAACGGGUGCGGCUGUAGCUUUGGCAGUUGGUUUGACGAGGAUUGUAACUCCCGGUACAUUAUUGGCAAGAUUAGUGCCUUUUGCAAGUGUUGCUUCAGCUGGUUGUGUCAACGUCAGUUUGAUGAGAUGGAAAGAGAUUCGUGAUGGUGUCACUGUCUUCCGCACGAAUGAAGAGACGGGAGAAAAGAUCAAAGUGGGCGAUAGUCCAGCAGCUGGAAGAAGAGCAGUUGCCAUGACUGCAGCAAGUCGUGUCAUGACAAACAUUCCAACUAUGAUCUUCCCUCCUCUAGCUAUUGCAUACCUACAACGCAAACGAGUCUUACCGAAGGCUGGCCCUCUUACACGAUUAGCAGAUUUGACAUUGAUCGGAACAAGCUUGUUCUUAUGUUUACCACCAGCAAUCGCAUAUUUCCCCCAAACUUCCUCUAUAGACGCUUCCAAAUUGGAGCCACAAUUCCAUCAAAUCAAAGACGAGCAAGGCAAACACGUUCAGCAAUUGCAAUUCAACAAAGGACUUUGAGUAAUGACAGUAUUAAUGAAAAAUUUGUAUGCAUUUCUGUUCUUGAAAGAGUGGUGUUCUUGGUAUGCAUACAUCAGUCCAAUCUGUGUUGAUGGUGAAGAAAUAGAUAGAGAGUGGGGGAAAUAAUAGAGUACAAAGACAUGCAUCCGAACAAAACCAAAUUAAUCACGAUUGACCACAUAAGCAUUCCGCAACCUUCUUUUGGCCAACUUGAGUAGAGUAUCGCGAUCGAUGGUUUGUGUUCCAUCGUUCUCAACCAUUUGAUCUUUUGCCUGUUUGGGAGAAGAGUCACCUUGCAAUCUUAGCGAUUCGUCCCGUGGCCAUAUAGUGCUGUGCAUUGCAUCCUCUGCAGAAACAGAAGAAGUAUCAACAGCACGCAC